AGGUUCUUUGAUGAGCAGUAGGUCCUGUUAUAUAGACGAUAUCCGACUCCUGCAAACAUAUUGCAUCUGUUUUAAUUUAAUGACUAAAAUGUUGGUAAGCCAAGGCAGAGCUUUGCAUUGACUUUGACGCACGACAUAAUAGUAAAGGUAGAAAUAACGCUUUAAGUUGUAUUUCCUGCGGACUUCGUAUGUUUUAUUUUGUCAACACCGGAUGCAUGGAGAAGAGCCUGUAUACGCUCGCUUGACAGUGGUGUUGGAAAAGAUGGCUGCUUCGGCGGCAACAGCGAGUUCUCCCCCUGGUUUGUGUCCGAAUUACGCCGUUAUCUGCUCCUUCCUGGAACGCUACGGAGCACUACUGGACUUGCCAGAGCUCACCUUCCCGCAGUUGGAGCGGUACCUGCGGGACACAUCCUCAGUUCCAAAGCUUCUGGUUGAUCUUCACGUCAAGUUGCUGAGGAAGAUUGGAAAGUCUGUGUCAGCGGACAGAUGGGAGAAGUAUCUAGUCAAGAUAUGCCAAGAGUUCAACACAACAUGGGCAUGGGAGCUGGAGGAAAAAGGAUACAAGGGCAUGACGUUGGAGAGCAAGACAGCGAUCCUCAAAUAUCUGUGUGAGUGUCAGUUUGACGACAACCUCAAGUUCAAAAAUGCCAUCAAUGAGGAGGACCCAGACAAAAUGCGGCUGCAGCCCAUCGGCCGCGACAAGGACGGCCAGAUGUACUGGUUCCAGCUGGACCAGGACAACAACGUCCGCGUCUACGUGGAGGAGCAGGAUGACCUAGAUGGCUCGUCGUGGAAGUGCAUCGUCAGAGAUCGGAAUGACCUUGCCCAGGUCUUGGUUCUGCUCAAGGCGCAUAUUGAUCCGGAGCUCCUGAAGAAAGACGCCCAAAAUGAGGAGGGACAAAAAGGGGAAGUAAAGAAAGACGAGAGCUCAUCAGACGAAGACAGCAAAGACUCCACCAAGGUGGCCUCACCUGUUUCGCUGAAGACGGAGAGCAAUGGAAAAGUUGACCACCACGAUGACAUCAAACUGGAAACAUCCGAGGUCAAAUCGACUUUGAACGGGAUCGUAGAGGCCUCAACGGAAAAACCAAUUGAUGAAAGAAAAGCCACAAACGUCCAGAGCAUCAAAGAAGAGCCGACAGACGACGUGAAGCUCGCAGGUGGGGACCCGACUCUCCCAAAGUUGGAACCUGAGUGUGCGAAGGCUGACGCGGGCGAGGAGGCCAAAAGGAACAACGCGGAUGAGAUCCAGCAGAUGAAGAACAAGCAGCAGGCCAAGAUCCCCUUGAAGAAAAGAGGAAUGAAGUUCAGCGAGGACUUUGACAAAAACAUUGUGCAGAAUCUGCCUGUUUCCAAAGCCGACACCCCUUCCAAGCAAGGCGGGAACGACCAUGUGAACGGCGAAGUUCGGCCGACACCAGAGACGCAACUACAGAUGUGUUUGAGCGAGAAUUUGAGUGACCAGGAAAAACACCAAGCGUCACUCAAAGAAGAUGUGGCGAAAGAUACCGUGAAGGAACCUCGCUCUCCUGUGAAGAUCACGCCACCGUUGCCACCAUCGGACGAGAAAGAACUGGGUGUGCUGGUCGGAACAGAUAAGAGCGCCGUAACGGAGAAGGAGGACGCACCUCCAGAGUCUUUGACUAGUGAGGAUAAGAAGUCAUCCAAUCAGGAACAGGAUCCAACCCAAGCAGAAGCCAAGCCAGCAGUUGACAAGAUGCACACUUCCAAGAAUGAUAAGGACCAUUCAAAUCAUAAAGUCAAAGACAUAGAGUCCGAAACUACAGACUGCGAGAACUCUGCGGCUGCUGAAGAAACGAAGGACCCCAAGAUGAUGCACAGUAGAGCAGACGUCAAGCAAACAGAAAGGAGCGUGAUAGAAAAGGACGCAAGUGAGAGUGAAACGGGACAGCUGGAUAACUCUAUCAAGAGGACGUCUCCUGCAGGAGAAGAACCUCACAAGAGGACUCCUCCGACAUCCACCGCCAAGAAGGAAGAUCAGCAGAAGGACGACCCAGCGAGCCGAGAGGUAUCAGAGAGCUCCAGCGUCAUUAAAAAGGCAGAGACACCCGAGAGCGGGAAACCAGAAAAAGCAUCCUGUAAUAAAGAAUGCUCUGAGGCGUCUGUCAUCAAAAAGCUGGUCGCCGUAGAAGAAUGUCCAUUGGCUGACAAAGAGGAGACCCCUGAAAAGUCUGAAUCUAGUGAGGGCAGCAAGAGUUCUGAAUCAGGAGAAGACGCAACCACUGUAGACCCGCAGCAGGACGAUGGUGCCAAAAAGACUUCUGAGCAUAAAGAAAGAACAUCCAGCACUGCCGACAAAACCGCCACCCUUCUAGAAUCUGAUGCAGAACCCAAACAGGAAAAGGCGUCUGAGGAACAGCCUGAGCAAAUGGAAGAGGAGCUUGCAUUACACGUCCCCAAGGAUAAGAAGGAGAAGACGCCUGAGGAACAGCCUGAGCAAAUGGAGGAGGAGCUUGCAUUACACGUCCCCAAGGAUAAGAAGGAGAAGACGCCUGAGGAACAGCCUGAGCAAAUGGAGGAGAAGCUUGCAUUACACGUCCCCAAGGAUGAGAAGGAGAAGGCGCCUGAGGAACAGCCUGAGCAAAUGGAGGAGGAGCUUGCAUUACACGUCCCCAAGGAUAAGAAGGAGAAGACGCCUGAGGAACAGCCUGAGCAAAUGGAGGAGGAGCUUGCAUUACACGUCCCCAAGGAUGAGAAGGAGAAGGCGCCUGAGGAACAGCCUGAGCAAAUGGAGGAGGAGCUUGCAUUACACGUCCCCAAGGAUGAGAAGAAGGAUUCCAAAAGUGAUAAUUCAACGGAGAAAGACGCACCUGAAGAAUCCAAAGUGGCGAAACCUGCUGACCAACCGGCUGAAACGGAGCCAUCGGAGGACACCAGCGAGACCAAAGAAACCGCCUCCAGCGAGCCGACAGACGAGGCUGCCAAAAGCAAAAGCGGAGAAGAGGAGUCCAAGAAAGAGGCGACGGAAAACGGCGACGAAGCUCGGCCAGACAUGAAGGAGAAGGCCGUCCACCGGAAAGGCAGAAUUCCCGCCCACCUUCGCAAAGCCAAACGCCACCAGGAGGAGAGGCAGGGCGACUCAGAGUCUGACACCAACAAGGUCGGGAGGUCGCUGCGACGAUCGCCCAGGAUCUCCAGACCCACGCAAAAGGCGGUGGAGAUCCAGGACAAGAAGGCGGAGAAGUCCCAGGCCGCUCAGGAAAAAGACGAGGAAGAAGAGCAGCAGGAGGAGGAGGAGGAGGAGGAGGUGGUGAAGGUUGUUCAAAAGAAGCCCAGAGAGAUAAAGGUGUCUCAGGAGGGUCAGUCGAAACCAAAGGGGAGAAAACGGCGGAAGACACGCUGGUCCAACACACGCACCCGCCAUAAAAGGAAAGGUUCCGAUGACGAGGACGACAACAGCGAUGAGGAAUCCAGCGACUACGAGGAAAGCGAAGAGGACGAGGACGACAGCGACGAGGACUACAAGGUGGAGCGGGGCCGGAAGAGGCGCCGCCGCCACAACCGAGAGCGACGAAGCUCGGACUCCUCCACGUCCUCGGACGACAACGACCUGCCGCCUAACGACGACCCGUGCAAACACUGUGGUCUUCCCAAUCACCCGGAGCUGAUCUUACUAUGUGAUUCGUGCGACAGCGGCUAUCACACGGCUUGUCUGAGACCGCCGCUCAUGAUCAUCCCCGACGGCGAAUGGUUCUGCCCGCCCUGCCAGCAUAAAAAGCUCUGUGACAAACUAGAAGAGCAGCUGCUAAACCUCGACGCCGCCUUGAAGAAGAAAGAGCGGGCGGAGAGAAGGAAAGAGCGUCUCAUUUACGUCGGAAUCAGUCUGGAAAACAUCAUCACGCCUACCGUGGAGGCGGAGAAGCCAGAGGUGAUCGUCAAAGAGAAGAAGGAAUCCAAGCGAAGCAAGAGCUGGGGUCGAAGGUCGACGAGAGCCAAGAAGUCCAUCAGCUACAGAUUCGACGAGUUUGACGAGGCCAUCGAGGAGGCCAUCGAGGAAGACAUCAAAGAAGCUGAAGGAGGAGGAGCCGGCCGCGGCAAAGACAUGGCCAACAUCACGGGACACAGAGGCAAGGACAUGUCCACCAUCCUCCAGUCAGAAGAGGGCAAGGAGAACGGCCGGCCGCCGCGCCCCAGUACCGGGCAGCGCAAGAAAAAACGGCGGCGUCUCAACGACCUGGACAGCGACAGCACGGUGGACGAGGAGGAAAGCGAAGACGAGUUUUGCCUCAGCGAAAGCUCUGAGGAGGACUUUGUGGUGUCCGACAACGAGGCGGAAGCCGAGACUGACGCAGACUCCAACAGCAGCGGCAGCCACAGCAGCAAACAUCGCAGGGCCAGCUUGCACAGCCAGAACCUGCUCCAGCGACGCCGAAGCUCCCGAAAGCGGCGGCGACCUAAAGGCUACUCCGAUGACGAGGAAGUGGAAACGGACGAGGAUGUAGAGGAAGAGGAAAUAGCGACGGAAGGUUCCAGCGAGUACAGCGACAGCGAUCUGGACAUGAGUCGGCGACGGUCGCGGCGCAGCCACAAGUCGCAGGUGAAUUAUGCUGAGACGUCCGAGUCCGAAGGCUCUCAGGCUGAAACCAACCGGGACAAAACGAAAUCGAGACGCCUGGACAGCUCAGACAGCGAUGCAAGCUUCUCCCAAGACUCUGAAGAAGGCUCCAGGGAUCAGAGGGUGAAGAGAAGAGGCGACUCCUCAGAAGAAGAGUCCCAGCAGCGACGUCGGCGCCUCGCCCUCAAACGCAGGAGAGCUUCGGAAGAGGAGGACUCAGACGACGACUCCGACGAAUCGUCUGAGGAAGAUCGGCCCGUCCGUAAGAGGGUAAACCGUAUCGAUUCGGAUGACGAGGACGAUGAGAAAGAAGAAGAGAAACCAAAAGAGAAGAAAACCACCGAGGACGGCGGUGACUGCAGCGUCACGCCGAAGGGAACGAACUCAUCGGCCUGCAACGCGGUGGAGCCGCCACUCCCAUCUCCACUGCCGCCAACCUCCAAUGGACAAACCAAGAACGUUGAGGGUGUCAUCAGCCGAAAUGGAGUGAGCGGUCAGCAGGGGGCGGCACAGGAGGAGGAUGAAGACGACCUCUUGGGGGUCACAGACCUCGUGGACUACGUCUGCAAUAAUGAAGACUUGUAAAAAAUGACAAGAUGGUGUACUAUUUCUUCUUAUUUUUUGUGCUAUUGUAUUUUUAUAUUCAUUAACUUUAUUAUUAUUGUUAUUAUUAUUAUUAUUAUUGUUAUAAUAAAUAUUGCCUCUUUCUCUGCAACACCUCCUGUUUGGACAUAGCCGGAUUGUCUCCCCUCAAAAUUGCCACAACAGAAGAUCCGGCAUUUUUCCCUUUUUUACACAGAACCCAGCAAUGCAGGAUAUUGCUUUCACACAGCAACACAGCAUCCACCCCCCGGAAUCAUCACUGCCCUUCCUCUAUUGCCUCUCACACAGGCAACGCUUCAAAACCUCCAACACCAGCUCUAAAGGCUGGGUGCUCUCCAUGUUGGGGCCGUUCACACAAAGGUGGAAAACUUCCACUUUUUGGACGCAUGCAGUGUGAAAGGUCUCUACCUCCUUGUUGGCCCACAUGUCCCUGCUAUCCUCCCCUUUCACACAGCAGGACAACUAAAUAUCUCAGCUGUGAGUGAAGGGGAUCAUUCCAAACAUGAAAUACACUAUUCCCACUUUUUACUGUCGCUGUCACGUGUCCUCCCUUCCAUCCUGUGUGAAAUGAUUUUGUAUAUUGUACACAUUUGAACUGCCAUCUUGUUCUUGUGUUGUUUUUACAUUGCAAAAGGGAGCAAAGACACUCCUUGAUAACGCUACAGUGUCUAGUCUGGACGUUUUAUACACACAUACAAUAUAUAUAUAUAUAUAAUGUAUUUUUUUGCAUAUCUAAAUGUUGAUUGGUUGUGGUGUCGCUAAGCAAACAUGUAAAGAGUUAUUUUCUUUGUACAGUCACAGCCAAAAGGGUCACAGUUUUUAUGAACUUUUUUUUAUUCUUUCUUUCUGGGUCUUCCCAUGCACACUAGAUACUUUUUUAAAGCCUUGAAUGAAAAAUAUAGUUUGUGUUUAGUUAUUUGUAAUGUAUAACGGAUGGAGGCAUUUUUAACCACGAGGCAAUUCUUCCUAUAGGAUUGCAUGAGUUCCUUUUUUUUCCUUACAAAAAACAGAACAUGUUAGCAUGUGACCUGCUGUCUAAUUUUUAGACACUAAACUCAAAAGGUGGGGGAAAGGGCAGGUGGUGACAUUGGACCACAGAAGCUAAACAGACUGAAGUAGAAAAAAGUUGCAUUUUAGUGGACGUUGGUGUGAAUGUUGUUGCAAGAGCUGCAUGGGAAUACGAGUAUAUGGUGCCAAUAAGCAGAAUAUUACCCCCCUUACCUCAUGAAUUUGGGAGAAAUGGAGGGUGAAAAUUACCAAUCCCGCACCCCUUGUACGGAACCUAGUCAACCGCUCUUGACCACUUUCUUGGUUAACUGUUACAGUAUUUCUUAUGAUCUUGUACAUUUGUCAUAAUAAAGGUGCUUGUAAGC